UCAAAUGCUACCCCACAUGCUACCCAGGCACUUUUCGAAGAUCCGGUUAAAAAGGUCUCACUGGCUCGGACUAAUCAUCAUUCGAUACGUGAGCUCGUAACAACAGUUUACCAAGUGGAAAAGAAAUCAUCUAACAUCAGUUCAGCUGAGAUGCCUUCAAGGUUCAGAAGUGAAGACAACAACAAGGAAUCGUACCGUGGUGUGAAGCGUACCGGAAUGGAAUUCAAGCGCAGCUCUGGUCGGGAUGGUCGUGACGGUGGUAGCGAGCGAUAUGUGAGCGCAUAUCGUAAUGGUUCUGGCAAUGGUGACAGCUAUCGUGGCGGUGCUAGCUUCGGCGGCGGCGGCGGCGGUGGAGGACGCGAUAAGUGGACAAUGGAAAGUAAGUCUCUGCAAAAAGUCAACUGGAGUAAAAUGCAGCUAGCUCCGUUUGAGAAAAACUUCUAUCGUGAGCACGCCGCCAUCAGGAAUCGAUCCCAGCGUGAGGUCGAUAGUUUUCUGGCGAAACACGACAUCACUCUGAUUGGGGACUGCCCGAAGCCAAUCGCCGAGUUCGACGAGAUAAACUUGCCGGACAGAUUGCUGGACGAGAUUGAAAAGCAAGGAUUCCAGAAACCAACGCCAAUCCAGUCUCAGGGAUGGCCGAUAGCCCUCAGCGGGCUGAACUUGGUCGCGGUGGCCAAGACCGGUUCCGGCAAAACUCUCGGCUAUAUGUUGCCCGCGAUCGUACACAUCAGUCAGCAAAAAAAUGAAAGUCACGUGCGCGGUCCUACUGUCCUGGUACUUGCUCCUACCCGAGAGUUGGCCCAGCAAAUUCAACAGGUAGCUAGCGACUUUGGUGAUUCAUCGGGUAUUCGUAAUACCUGCCUGUUCGGAGGCUCAAGCAAAGGACCCCAGGCGGGUGCUCUGCGGCGAGGAGUGGAAAUUGUUAUUGCGACUCCCGGUCGUUUGAUCGAUUUUCUUGAAACUGGCACCGUCACGCUUCAACGCGUGACCUAUUUGGUGCUGGACGAAGCGGAUCGUAUGUUGGAUAUGGGCUUCGAACCUCAAAUCAGAAAGAUUCUAGAGCAGAUUCGCCCCGAUCGUCAGACUCUUAUGUGGUCUGCUACGUGGCCGAAGGAGGUACAACGGCUUGCUCGUGAUUUUCUGAAUGAUUACGUCCAGAUCAACGUGGGUUCGCUAGAGCUAUCGGCCAACCAUAACAUCACACAGCAUGUGGAAAUUAUCGAGGAGUAUGACAAGAAUUCGCGUCUUGAGAAGCUGCUGGUUGACUUGUAUUCCCGGGGUCAUCCGGGUAAAAUUAUCAUCUUCGCCACGACCAAGCGCAAGUGUGACCAUCUCACCAAUCAUCUUCGUCGCAGUGGUCAGGAUGCGGUCAGUAUGCAUGGCGACAAGAGCCAGCAGGAACGCGAACGUGCAUUGCACCGAUUCCGCAACUCGAGGGACUGCAUCCUGGUGGCAACGGACGUAGCCGCUCGUGGUCUCGAUGUCGACGGUAUCAAGGUGGUCAUCAAUUUUGACUUCCCAACACAGGCGGAAGAUUAUGUGCACCGAAUUGGUCGCACGGGUCGGUCCAAUACGACCGGAGAGGCGUACACUUUCUUCACUUCGAACGAGCGUAAGAGUGCCAAGGAUUUGGUGGCUAUCCUGGAGGAGGCUAAACAGGUGGUGCCCCCGGAGUUGCUCAAGUGGCGCUACAUGGGAGGAGGCGGAGGUGGCUUCUCGCGCUAUGGUGGCGGAGGAGGUGGCGGAAGCCGCUUCGGAGGCAAUCAGAGGGGACGUGGCUCGUCCAAUGGGUACGGCGGAGGAUAUGGUGGAUCAUCCAAUGGAUACGGUGGAAGCUCCAAUGGAUACGGCGGGAGUUCCAAUGGAUAUGGUGGAAGCUCCAAUGGGUAUCGUGGGAGCUCGGGAGCAAAUGGUACAUCAGGAUAUCACAAGUCUUACGAAUAAUAAAAGUCCUUGAAAUUCAUUAAUGAUCUGAAUAAAGUCCUGAAUUUAUAUUCAGUAGAAAAUAAA